AUGCCCUCCACAGACCCCGAUGAAUGCUUCGUCAAGUCAAGUCCCCGAUCUCAAUCACCAUCAGGAAGCCGUCAGCAAACAUCGAUUAUGCCUCCCACGAUUGUCGAACAAGGCAGCCCACUCGAAGCCUCAUCCAUGUUUUCCAAGAGGCAGUCGAGCCCUCAAGUCCCUCACGAAGAUGCCGGGAACCCUAUGUACACCUCCCCUUCCUCCAACAGAAGAUCGAGGACACCUAGACCGAAAGCCUUCAGACCUCAAUCACAGUCUCUAGAAUUGGCGGCAAUAGUUGUUACCCCUUCACUGUUACAGACCGCGAUGGUCGAUCCGCCUCUUACCUUGGACCGUUUACAGCCUGAGCCACUAGCACCACCUCACACCCCGUGUCUGCGAUCAACCAUCGACUUCGAUCAUUCAGCCAAAGAUGUCCCUCUCCCUGUGACGCCCGGAACCGCGGGUGUUGUUCCCCUAGAUGAAGGCUGCUGCUCGUCGUUGCAGAAUGACCUAACUGCACGAUUGGAAAAUACCGAGCACGCCCUCGUCGUUCAAAAGCACGAGUAUCAAAAGACAAUUGAUAAACUAGAGGUGUUGAUCGAAGACCUUUCAAGGGACCUUCAUACCACCAAUCGUCGCUUUCAGCAGAAGAGCGACCAUAAUGGGGUACUAAAGAUGGAGACUAGACGUGCCACCCAGGAGAAAACUGAUGCCGAAGAGCGUGAGCGAGUUACGAAGUUAGCUCUGCAACGCAGUCGAACGGAGUCCCGAGAGCUACGGUCUGUCAUGGACAUGCAGCAAAACAUGUUACGUGAGUAUACCAUCAAAAACCAAGAUCUAACAUCACAGCGCGAUGCAUCUUGUUCUAAGCUCAAGAUACUGGAGACUAGUCUUGCAGAGACUAUCAUUGUCAAAGAAACAUGUCUAAAGGAACUUCAGAAAUGCAGAGAGAUUUGCCAGCGCCUUUAUGAAGAGAGGAAAUAUAUUCGCCACUGGACCGAGAAGAUCAUGGAACUGAAAUCCAAGGAUAGUGCCGACUACAUGCUUCUCUAUGAUCACCUAAAGAACCAGUCUGUCCAUCGUACAGAUGAAGAUUACACAAUGAGCAUCUCCCCUCUUGUGCCUCAGCAGACCCUGGCCAAGGCUCUCGAGGUCGCAUCAUCAUCAUCACCAUCACCAAUCUCAGAAAUCUCGCGCAAGGAGAGUUCUCCUCAUGAGACUAAAAUUGAGUCUGGUCUUGAUCACGAGCUGGUAACAACCAAAGUCUUCAAAGCCUCCUUUUGGGACAAAUAUGAUCUCAAGCAAGUUCCGCACAGUGCUUUGGAGAUGCACAACUUGCAGCCAUUCUCAAGCAACAUGAUCAAAACCUUGAAUUUGCGACUUGAAACCGGCAAUACCCCUGUGGAAGUGAUCGAUGCUAUCUUAACAGAUGCAUUGAACAAUUUCCAUGCUCUGGCAAAGGCGCGGAAUUUAGCCUCGCAUCAAAUAUUUUCUAGCGAUGAUAUGCGAAUCAGCGAGGUGUCCACAUCAUCGAGCUUCAGUAGUACAAAGCCGACCCUGAAGUUGAGGAUCCCACGAGUUGCGCGCCCAGUUCAACCAGUUAGUCAACGGCCGAUCAUGCCUUACGUACCUCGACAUCAGCCAGCUAGAGCCCCAAGAAAAGACUCCACGGUAUCGUCUGCUACAAGUAGCGAUGUCUCUUAUCACAACGACAGAAUGGGAAUCAAGAGACGCGGCAGCUCAAUCUCGACUACCCCGAGAACAACCCCCGAGUCCGAAUCGCAAACAUCUGCAUUCUCAGCAAGUCGUUUUCCGCGUCUGCUUGGCCUCAGAGGAGGAAGUGGUGGGUCGAGACGAUCGAUAUUUUCAUUUUCCUCGUCGGAAUCAUGGCUUCCCAGCAUCACCUGGAGUGAAGAUCAAGGGACACCCAGUACAGGCAGCGAGCAGGGCAUCCAAACUACCACCAAGUCUCCACGACGGACACAUGGUGACGGUGUUCUACGGGUCCUGGGCAAAUUGUAUCUCCAUGCUGAAUCGUUGAUCCUCGCAUUUGUCAUUGGGUCGUUACUUAUCACCCGACCAUUCAGCAACUCCUUUAAUGGGUAUGAGGUCUUCUCGCGACACACCCAGAAUGUGACGAUGUCGCACCCGGUAGUCGACACAACUGUGAGACCACUGGGGAAGAUGUUCAUCACUAGCAACCCUAUGACGCUGAUGAAUACCACGGAAUUGCUUUUGUGCAAGAGUGCCAACAAGUCGCUGAAUGAAUCUCAGAUUCUGACCACCCAAUGCGCAAAUCUCAUUGAAGUGGAUGAUGGGAUUGGAGACAAUCAAACCACAGCAACAACUAGCCUGCAAGACAUCCAGAGGAUGGUCAAACCGGUGGUUGAGACCCAGUAUAUCACUGUCUUUGCAGACGGAGCCAUUCCCCCGUUAGUUUCAUGCCCUGCCCCGCCACCACUACCACCAGUUGAAUGUCCGAAACUCGAACCCAUUGCAUGUCCCAUUCAAACUCCAGUGUCGAGAUGUCCACAUCCAUAUUCCUAUCCAGACCCUUGUCCCUGUCUCGAAGACAUCAAUCCCAAGAAACCAUUUAACCCGACAGCCCAAUAUGGCAAAAUGAAGGCCAAACCCAUGCCCCCUGGUUUUCCCAGCAGUGGUUCACAGCGGUCCGAUUCCAAAACCAACAUGACGUUAGCGGGCGAGCAGAAUCAGCAAGAUCGUACUCUGUCGGACUCCGCGGCGAUUUCCGGAUCUGGAUCUGGAUCUGAAUCUUCAUAUGAUCGUCCACGGCGUCCAACGAAAGUGGACAUUAUCAAAUGGGGUGAUCACGUUCGACCCGGACGUUUGGGACCUAUACCGCCAAUUCAACGAUUAUUGAGUGCUAUUCGAAAUAAGUUGCUUAGUUGA